AUGGCUAAAUGUACCAUUACGGAUCCCCUCUGUGUUCUUCACAAAUAUUAUCAACAAGGAGAUCUCUCUAUUGGUGUUAUAGUGUCUCAGAUUCUCAUCCCUGCAGAAAUAAUGACCUUCAAAGACCAACCCAAUGACUCACCAAAUAGCAUGUCCCUCAUACUGACAAAGAACUAUCAGCAUGUUUCCGCCUUGGCCUUUGCUGUGAGGGAGAUCAAUGAAAACCUUCAGGUCUUACCGAACAUCUCCCUAGGAUUUAACAUCUAUGAAAACUAUUUCGAUGCAAGGUGGACCUAUCAUGCCACCAUGGAACUUCUCUCCUCACUGACCAAAUUGAUCCCUAACUACAAGUGUGACGAACAGGCUGACCUGAUAGCAGUCAUCGGAGGACUUCAGCCUGAAACUUCCCACCACAUGGCAACCAUGCUAAGUAUUUACAACAUCCCCCAGCUCACCUAUGGCUCUGCUUCAGUAGUGAGUGAUCAGUACCCAGGCCUUUCUGUCUACCAGAUGGUCCCCAAUGAAUCCCAUCAAUACAAGGGGAUUCUCCAUUUAAUUCGGCAUUUCAAGUGGACAUGGAUUGGGAUCAUAGCGGUGAAUGAUGACAACGGAGAAAGGGCUGUGCAAACUAUGCUUCCAAUGCUUUCUCAAAUUGGCGUCUGUCUGGCUUUCACAGAAACAAUCCUCCAAAUGCCUUCAUUUAAUAAUUUCAUUAAAAUGGUAGAAGAGGGGGUGAAAAUAUAUGAACUUAUAAUGGAUAGUAAAGCCAACACAUUGGUCUUUUUUGGAGAUAUUCAGUCUUUUAUAUAUGCAAGAUGGAUAGUAAAACUACCUGAAAUGGGGUAUUCAACAACAAGGCCUAAAGGUAAGGUAUGUAUUAUGAAUGCCUCGAUGGAUUUUGUUUCCUUUUCUUAUCAAAGGAGUUGGGAUGUACAAAUCUUCCAUGAUAUUCUAUCGUUCUCAUUUCACACAAAUGAGCUACCAGGAUUCCAGCAAUUUCUUCAGUCCAGAAAUCCCAUCUGGACAAAGGAAGAUGGCUUUCUCCGGGACUUCUGGGAACAUGCAUUCUUGUGCCAGUUCUCUGAUUCACUUUGGGGGAAGACGUUUGAUAACAACUGCACUGGGAAGGAGAAGCUGGAGAGCCUUCCUGGACAUGUUUUUGAAAUGAGUGUAACUGGCUACAGCUAUAGUAUCUACAAUGCUGUCUUUGUCAUGGCACAUGCUUUGCAUGCCAUGUAUUCAUCUGUUGACAAACACAGAAGAACGAUGCAUGGAAAGAGACAUGAGCCUCUGAAACAACAGCCGUGGCAGACAGUGCCUAUAUCUCUGUGUACUGAAAAUUGCCACCCAGGAUUUAGCAAGCAGAGGAGAGAAGGGGAGCCGUUUUGCUGCUAUGACUGCAUUCCCUGUCCAGAAGGGAAAAUUUCCAGUGAGAAAGACAUGGAUGACUGUGUUAUUUGCAGAGAAGAUCUCUAUCCAAACAUGGAACAAAAUCAGUGCACUCCAAAAGAAAUAACCUUCUUGUCCUACAAAGAACCCUUGGGGAUUACUUUAGCCAUUUUUGCUGUUUCAUUUUCGUCCAUCACAGCUGUGGUUCUAGGAACAUUUAUGAAGCAUCAUGACACUCCCAUUGUCAAAGCCAACAACCGGAGCCUCACCUACACCCUUCUCAUCUCCCUUCUGUUCUGCUUCCUUGCUUCUUUGCUAUUUGUUGGCAAACCGGAGAAGAUAAUGUGCCUCUUACGGCAAAGUACUUUUGGCUUUGUAUUCUCAGUGGCCAUAUCUUGUGUCUUGGUCAAAACCAUCACUGUGGUUCUAGCUUUCAUGGCCACCAAGCCAGGAUCCAGUAUAAGGAAGUGGUUGGGGAUGAGACUGGCCAUCUACAUGGUUCUUUCCUGCUCCCUUGUUCAAGGAGGCAUUUGUGCUGUGUGGCUGGCAAUCUCUCCUCCAUUCCCUGAUUCUGACAUGCAUUCCAUGGCUGAAGAAAUUGUUCUGGGAUGUAACGAGGGAUCACCUAUCAUGUUCUACUGCAUGCUGGGCUACAUGAUCUUCCUGGCCUGUGUCAGCUUCCUUGUAGCUUUCCUUGCCAGGAAGUUACCUGACAGCUUUAAUGAAGCCAAAUUCAUCAGCUUCAGCAUGCUGGUGUUCUGCAGUGUUUGGUUAUCCUUUAUUCCAACCUACUUGAGCACUAAGGGGAAAAACAUGGUAGCCGUGGAGAUCUUCUCUAUCUUAGUCUCCAGUGCUGGGGUGCUGGGGUGCAUCUUUCCCCCAAAAUGUUAUAUUAUUGUGCUGAGGCCUGACCUAAACCACAGGGAACACCUUAUAAAGAUGAAGAAAUUAUGA